AUGCAAUUCCCAACCAUCACUAUCUCAGCUCUCACAGUCCUCCUCUCCCUCGCCGCCCUCUCCGAAGCAGGAGCAAGCUGCAAAGGAGUCUACAGACCCUUCCGCAACUCCUUCGUCGUCGAAGCAGACGAGGUACCCAGUAUUUCCGACAUCUGCAAUGGAUUCUAUGAUAACCGUCUGCACCCCUCUCACCCAAACCACCCUCACAACCCCCACACUAACUCCACAACACAGUAAAACCAGGCUGCGCCCUUACCGGCGGAAAAUGCGGCGGCACCAACCACAAACUGCACUGGGACUUCAACAUCCCGACCACCUGCGGCGACCGCCAAGUCCAGGACGCGUGGUGGGCUGCGACGCGAAAUAAGUACGGCAGUAUUGUUUGUAAGAUCGAGAAGAGUAAUGAUAUUUUCGGGCGUCAGCAUCCUAAGGAUGUCCUCGCUGAAGCUGUUUCUGUGGAGUAG